AGCCCUUUCCUCUUGUUUUCCUUCAUUAUUGACUUCCUUCUUCGUAAGGAGAGACAUAUCUUCAAUGCAAUCAUCACCGAAGUCACUGUCUCCAGAAAUAUUCUCAUCAUCUGUAUUUGAACCAUGACAUACAUCAAUUCUAAAAAGGUCUUUCGAAGAACUUGACGACCCCGAAGAAAAAGUUCUGUUCCGCCGAGACCUUCCCAGCACUCGCGCCCUGAACUCGCCCAAGGUGAAGUUGGACGUAGACAAGUCCGUUGAGUAAGAAGUAGCGCAAGAAUCACCAGAGGUAGAUGCAAGAGACGUUUCAGAUUCAUAAGAUAUACCACGGGCUAAGCCUCUACCGUAGCUUCUUCGUGUGGGAUAACGAUUAGAGAGUCUUGUGUUUGGUGCCGGCAACUCUCUGGUGUAAUCCGCAGCGAUUCGCUCUGCCGACCUGGACUCUUUUACGUCGUUUGCAGACGUCGACGACGCAAUCGAAUUGGUACUCCUCUUUCUUCGAUCAAGCAGCGAAGAAGUAAAGGAAUUGCGUCUUCGUUGGGCAAUACCAAAGACCAUGUUUUUGUCAUUGACGGUGGAGUUUUCCGGAGUGGCUGAAGGAUUGUUAUUCCAAUCAAAAUUUUUACUACCCAUCCGGCGUAUGAUAGAGCUCCUCCGAGCAAAAGAAUUUUUUAUAUCAGUCGAACUACUGGUCAGCAGACACGAAGGAACCGUUGUGGAACCAGUGCUAGGCUUCACCAAAUUCUUUGUCGAGGAGCGGAAAGAGUUGACAGAACCGAACGCAUUAAAGGAUAGAGAUGAGUGCGUAGAUGAUACAGAAUUAUCACUUCUGCGUUGCGUCGAGACCUUCGCACUUUUAGUAGACAUUCGUUCUCUUUGGAGUAAUGCUGUUUCAACACGGAGUAUAUUUACAACCCUCUUCAUGGUUGGUCUCUUGGUGUGGUCUCCGUCCCAGCAGCUUGAAAUUAAGUCUCUCAUCGUUUUCGAGGAUAUACUCGUCAAAUCCGGACGAUAAUUGUGGACAAAUACAUCUUGAAUGAAUUCUGUACGUCCCCUAUACUGCUUGUAAGGUUUUUCCAAUGUGCAUAGCUCAUACAAUAACACCCCAAACGAAUAGACGUCUGAGGCAAGUUUGGCCCCCUGCCGAAGUCCGAUUUCUGGGGCCAUAUACCGAAUGCUACCUGCGACCUCAGACUUGUGAACCGUAUGUAAUUCGCGAGCAAACCCAAGAUCAAAAAUGAUAGGAGCGUUUUUCUCAUCAAAUCCAACAUUGUCGGGCUGCCACAAACAAACAUCCAAAAAAAAUCAAGGCAUGAAAACAAUGCAAUGUAUGAGAAAUGGAAUUGAAUACAACCUGACGACAGUCGAUGCCGAGCGUUGUAACAACCAAAACAUGUCUUUACACUAAAGCAUACGUACCUUGAGGUCUCUCAGGAUAACAUUGUUUUCGUGAAGAUAUUCCAAACCCUUGGCAAUCCCGAUUGCUACAUUUUGAAUCAAAUCUAGAACAGAUGGAGCAGUUCCACGCCUUCUCUUUUUGACCAACUUCCGCAUCUUCGCUAACCGGCGUGUCAGCGUGUCUCCCAAUACAUCAAUCAAAAGGAAAUAUCCGUGUUUGAAAUCCACGUAGGACGUCUUAGGGUCACCUGAGUAGACUCCGUGCAGCUUGAUGAUGUUAUCGUGGCGAAGCCUGGAGAGCAUUUCCCCCUCUAUAGCUAGAUCGACAGCGGCAACAUCAAAAUCUUUCGAUUCAUCCGUAAUAUCUGGCUUGAUGUGCUUAAGUGCAUAAUACUUCUGGUUGUCCAAAGUUGUGGCUUUGCUUGCAUCAUUUACAUUCAUCGACACUUGUACUUUGUAUACCAUAGAAUACGCACCUUGUCCCAACACGUUUUUCUUACGUAUCGCGGACCAAGGGACGCUGUGCACUUCAUCAUCGAAUCGAUCCAACCUACUCUUCUCUGAAAAGCGUUUCAUGUGGUUGAAGGAAGCAUGGCCCGCCGCAAGUUUCUUGCAAAGAAUUGGUUCCCAGCCUUUCUUGCACCUCUCUUGUUGAUCUUGACCACAAUCUUCCUCCGCCUCCUGACUGAUGGGUUUUCUCAUGUUGGACGAAGAAACGGCAAAAACUAUGGAUUGCGUUGUUCUUUGGCUGUAUUCUUGUGUGUUGACUAUGGGACCUUUUGUGCUUUGCGUAAAUUUGCAGUUGUACAGAUGUUUCAGAUGUGAAGGCUAAGUGAGGAUUACGGAAGAUGGCAAUUAUGUACACUGUUCGAGUACCAGUACCGUGUCUAGGAGAAGACUCGGAGAUCGUGAUGGACGAUGGAAUGAAAAAAAUACAGAAGGUCCCCAAGCAAAGCAGCGUCAAUAUGCCGCUGGCGCUACAUGUCACCAACAAGCAAUUUGGUUAUCAGUACGGCGACAGCACGCGCUGGAUAAAAUUGGUGAAAAGCU